UCGCCAUGUCCAGAUCCGGGGAUAGGACCUCCACCUUCGACCCCAGCCACAGCGACAACUUGCUGCACGGCCUCAACCUGCUGUGGAGGAAGCAGCUGUUUUGCGACGUGACCCUCACGGCCCAGGGCCAGCAGUUUCACUGCCACAAGGCCGUUCUGGCCUCCUGCUCGCAGUACUUCCGAUCCCUUUUUUCCAGUCACCCCCCUCUCGGGGGAGGGGUCGGCGGCCAGGACGGCCUGGGGGCCCCCAAGGACCCGCAGCAGCAGCAGCAGCAGCAACAGCAGCAACAGCAGCAGCAACAGCAGCAGCAGCAACAGCAGCAGCAGCAGCAGGAGGAGCCGGGAACUCCUUCCUCCUCCCCCGACGACAAGCUGCUGGCCAGCCCACGGGCCAUCAACAAUCUGGUGCUGCAGGGCUGUUCGUCCAUCGGGCUACGCCUGGUGCUGGAGUACCUGUACACGGCCAAUGUGACCCUCUCCCUGGACACGGUGGAGGAGGUGCUUUCAGUCAGCAAAAUCCUGCACAUUCCCCAGGUCACCAAGCUGUGCGUGCAAUUCCUCAACGACCAAAUCUCGGUCCAGAACUACAAACAGGUGUGCAAGAUCGCCGCGCUGCACGGCCUGGAGGAGACCAAGAAGCUGGCCAACAAGUACCUGGUGGAGGACGUGCUGCUGCUCAACUUUGAGGAGAUGCGCGCCCUGCUGGACUCGCUGCCGCCCCCCGUGGAGUCGGAGCUGGCGCUCUUCCAGAUGUCCGUGCUUUGGCUGGAGCACGACCGGGAGACCCGCAUGCAGUACGCGCCCGACCUCAUGAAGCGCCUCCGCUUCGCCCUCAUCCCAGCCCCAGAGCUGGUGGAGCGGGUCCAGUCAGUGGAUUUCAUGCGCACCGACCCGGUCUGCCAGAAGCUGCUUCUGGACGCCAUGAACUACCACCUGAUGCCCUUCAGGCAGCAUUGCAGGCAGAGCCUGGCCAGCAGAAUUCGCUCCAACAAGAAAAUGCUGUUAUUGGUUGGAGGACUGCCUCCUGGACCGGACCGGCUGCCCAGUAACUUGGUUCAGUACUAUGACGAUGAAAAGAAGACAUGGAAAAUACUGACAAUUAUGCCCUAUAACAGCGCCCAUCACUGUGUGGUAGAAGUGGAAAACUUCUUGUUCGUGUUGGGAGGAGAAGACCAAUGGAAUCCGAACGGAAAACACAGUACAAACUUUGUCAGCCGAUACGACCCGAGAUUUAACAGCUGGAUCCAGCUCCCACCCAUGCAAGAAAGGAGAGCCAGUUUCUAUGCAUGUCGCCUGGAUAAACACUUAUAUGUUAUUGGUGGAAGGAACGAAACCGGAUACUUGUCCAGCGUGGAAUGCUAUAACUUAGAAACCAAUGAGUGGCGCUACGUUUCCUCUUUACCCCAACCUUUGGCAGCUCAUGCAGGAGCCGUGCACAAUGGGAAGAUAUACAUUUCAGGGGGUGUUCACAAUGGAGAGUACGUCCCGUGGCUGUACUGCUAUGACCCCGUUAUGGAUGUCUGGGCCCGAAAACAAGAUAUGAACACAAAACGAGCAAUCCACACUUUGGCUGUAAUGAAUGAUCGGCUCUAUGCAAUUGGAGGAAAUCAUUUGAAAGGUUUCUCCCACCUUGAUGUCAUGCUUGUGGAAUGCUACGAUCCCAAGGGUGACCAAUGGAAUAUUCUACAGACUCCCAUUUUGGAAGGCCGAAGCGGUCCUGGUUGUGCAGUCCUUGAUGACAGCAUUUAUCUUGUAGGUGGUUACAGCUGGAGUAUGGGAGCCUACAAGUCAUCAACCAUUUGCUAUUGCCCGGAGAAAGGAACUGGACAGAGUUAGAAGGAGACGUAGCUGAACCGCUUGCUGCCCUGCUUGUGCCACAGUUAUCCUACCAGCCUGUGUACCUACAACAAAUAACAUACAGGACACAUUGAAUCAAACAAGUACCCCAAUCUGGGAAGCGAUGACAGGUGGCACAAAUAUUUUGGUAGGGAAAAUUAUGUUCUACAGACACAACUUCCCAAAACCCACCUUUGGGUUUAGAUUGAUGCUUUUAAAGGCAAACUACAAAAGAAAAAAAUCCCCAUUCUUGGACAUAUACCAGUCUUGUGAAGCAAGUAGCUAAAGACACACCACACCUCCCAUGUUGACAGACUGCCAUCUCAGGCUGGUUUUCACUAACUUGGCCCAACUUCACAGAAACUCCUCGCAUUGUUCUUAACUUUGAAAAGGAGAAAGAUAAAUAUCUGAAGACUGCCCCAGAGAGAUCUAAAAGCAGCACUGUGCAUUGUAGUCCUACCUGCAUGUGAUCCGUGUUGACGUUCUGGAGAUGUUGUGUUCUCUGAAUGCUUCAAAAAUGCACCCAGAAUCACAGAACAUGGCCUCUUGGUCUGAUAAUCCUGAACUCUGAUGAUUACACAGGCUCUUGAGGCCAAUACUUUUAGAAAAAAGUACCCCAAGCUAACUUCUCUUCAUCUACCCCUCUGUCUUCCCAGUCGCACAAAGGACCUACGCAAAGAGAAGGAGAUGGCAAGGGACUCUGCUAGAAACCCAGUGGUUAUUGCCCUUUGUUGUCACAAACUAGGCAGAGUCCCUAUUUUUGCAGCCCUCAUCUAGAGCUAUUUGUCUAAAAGAUUUGAAUUGAUCAUAGGCUGCUGCUGCAGGCAAUUCCCUAAGAAUUGUACUCUCCCAUUUUCAGGACCAAAUAAGUAGUGAACACACCUGUUAUUGGCUUCAAAAGCCAGGGCCAGUACAUUCAGUUAUCAUGGCUUCAGAUAAUAUCUGACUCAAAUUUCGAUCCAUGGAAAAUCAGCCCAGAUUGUCCUCUGCAACCCAGAGCCCAGGAACUAGACUAUUACUGUAAAGUACAAUCUUACUUGUUUUUCUGUCACUGAGAAACAUGAAAUUUAAAUGAUUUAAGAGAAUCACAGCAACUUCCAUUUAUGUUAUUUUAGUUCUCAAUAAGGCUUUGGCCUCUCCCUCCCUCAGUUGGCUGUGGGACAGCACAGGAUUUACCAUCAUUAUUUGCCAAACUGGGCACAUCUUAUUGCUCUCGUUGGUAAUGCUUACACACAGAGACAAAAAUUAAAUUGUUCUCUGGCAGUCACAACAGCAGCAGGAAUUGUCAAGGGGAGGGAGCAGGAGUGAGAGGGUUUACAUUUGUCAAAUCAGAAGGGGCAAAAUUGGCAAGAAGAGAAAUUUUAUUUUCAAGCUUUUAGGAGUCUAAUAAAACACCAGUAAAAAGUAAAGCAAAGAAAUAAAAGAUAAUGAAAUGGUUGGAUCUUUUGAUAAAUGGAUCUUUUAAAAGCAGUGUGAGGCCACAAUUGGGAAUGCCUUGGUGAGACUCUCUCAUUGAGGAACAUGGAAAGAUGAAAUGAAGAUGCUCAAAUCUGAAGCUGUUCCCACAGUAAAGUGCAAUCGUAAUUGUUUUUGUAUUUAUUUGUAUGUUCAGAUCCAAAGGAUCCCUUGUAAAGAGAUAUCCAGUGCAAUCAACUUUCAUUUUUUUCCCUGAAAGCAUAUAUAUAUAUAUAGAAAGAGAAAGAAAGAGAGAGAGAGUAACCAGUUACAGUGCUCCAUACAAGAACCUCAGCUGAUACUCUGAUGGGAAGAAGGGUUGGCCUUGGGGUCUUUUAUGGUUAGCUGUCACCUGUUCCCUCUGAAAUGUACAACUAGGCUUUUAAAAGGGAUCCUUGUUGUCCUUUGACUGGUUCUUUGGUCUUAUUUUUCUUUUCAAUCGAGGUAAAUUUUAGCAUUUAUGAGAACUGUAUGUAAAACUUUCUGUCUUUCAGGAAGGCAUGACCAAGGAAAAAGUGAUAUAUCUGAGUAAGUCACAGAGAAUGUAAAUUUUGUACAGUAUUAGAAUGUGUAAAUGACGCUUGCUUGUAAGGGGAAAACUUUAAAUAAAACUUUAUGUACUAAUCAACCGUCUGCAUAUUGCUACUUAUAAAGCAUAUGUAUAAAA